AGGUCAGCAGCUUAGUUUAGUUUCCUCUCAUAACUUGGUAAAAAUAUGGCAGCCACCGCAGCUAAGGCGUUGGGUAUCGUCAAAGAUGUAUCUCCACUUUACUAUAGAAUCCUGUCAAAAUUUCCACAAAACUUUGCAUUCUGUUUCGCCUAUGGGUCUGCAGUUAAACCACAAAUAGGAUAUGAGAAGAAACAAAACAUGAUAGAUCUCAUUUAUUGUGUAGAAAACUCUCACCGAUGGCAUGGAGCCAAUAUUGAUCAAAAUCCGUCACAUUACUCUGUUCUUCGUUUUUUGGGUAAAGGAUUUGUUGCGAAAUUCCAAGAAAAUUGGGGAGCCAAAGUCUACUUUAAUACUCUAGUUGAAAUGAAAGAAGAAAAUAUAAUGAUAAAGUAUGGAGUUGUUUCACAAAAAGACUUAGUAGCAGAUCUUCUAGACUGGAAUGAUUUAUAUUUGGCAGGACGCCUUCAUAAACCAGUUGAGAUUAUAAAGCAAACCAACAGCACACAGCUACAAAAAGCUCUCCAGUCUAAUCUACGGUCUGCUGUGCACACUGCACUACUCAUCUUGCCAGAAACAUUCUCAGAAUAUGACUUUUAUUUUGCUAUUUCUAACCUUAGUUAUGCAGGAGAUUUUAGAAUGACAUUUGGAGAAAAUAAAAACAAAGUACAGAAUAUAGUGCAACCUCAACUGUUAAAUUUCCGUGAGCUGUACCGGCCUGUGUUGCAGCAAUUCAAUGCUUAUGUAGAUUUUCCAGCAGGAGAUGCUCAAUGUCACCAAGAUCUACAUCCUGAAACCAAAUUACAUCAUUUAAUGCAGUUACCAAUGAUACCCCAGCAGCAGAUUGUAAAGUUUUGGAACCAUGGAGGGCUACAACAGGAUAUGGAAGAUGUGUUACGAGCUGUUGCUUAUGACAUAGAUUGUGCUGUUAUAUUACGACAAAUACUUAAAAAUAUUGUGUGGCAGUCUAGUGUACGACAGUCUGUCAAAGGCAUAUUGACUGCAGGCUUGUUAAAAUCAAUACGAUACAGUGCUAAAAAGAUUGCAAAAAUGUUUUAACUGUGUAAUUUCUAUCUCUGAUUCUAGAAUAUGUGUAAUAUUUAGGACAUAAGACAAAAAAAAAUGUACAAAAUAAAGUUAAGUAUGUAAAACA